AUGAUAGAAAAAGAAUAAGAUUUUUUUUGUUAGAUUCAUAAGGCUCCAGUCUUAAUGAUUACUUGUGAUUAAGAAAAAAAGAAAAAUUAAAGAUUUUUAUGUUCUUAAUGUAUGGAACAUUUAGACUUAAAAACUUAAUUAAUGAAUUUUUAGAAAGCUCAUUAAUAUAUUUAGGUAAAUCAAGAAUUAAAAAAAUAAUCUAUUGAGAAUGUUUUAAUGAUCAACAUUAAUCAGCUACAAUAUCUUCAAAAUACUCUUUAUUAAUUAAAAUCUAGUGUUAUUCAAUAAUUGGAUUAAUUGAUUGGAAAUGCAGAAGAAUGGAUUAAAUAAAUACAAUCACGUGGAUCAGCACACCUAGCAUAUAGUUUCUUUGAUGAAUUAGAAAUAUUGAUUACAAAUUCAAAAUUUGAUUAAUUUGAUUAGAAAUCUAUAGUAGAUUAAAUAAAUUUCAUAAAUUAAUCAUGGAUUCAUAAGAUCAUGAAUAAAAUAAAUUUAUUUAAAUAAUUUUAAGAAACUUAAAAAUGUUCAGAACUAUUAAAUAAUAUAAUGUUUAAAGGAAAUUAGUAGAAUGAUAUUAUGAAUUAAAAUGAGGUAGAAUAAGAAGAUAAGGAAUUAUAAUAAAAUUAAUUGGAAUUUAAAUCAAUGAUAGAUUAACGAAUUGAAAUUAAAUUAAUUGAUGAUUCUAAUAAAUAAAUUGGAUAUUGUUUUGCAAUAGUUUUUGAUAAAACUGAUUCAAUCAUGGUUUCAUGUAGUAAUAAUGAGAUUAAAAUUUGGAAUUUUAAAUUAGGAAGAUUAUCAUUAAUUAAUACUUAUUAAGAACAUUCAAAGGCUGUAACAUGUUUAGUGUAUAGCAAAAUAAAAAAUACUUUUAUUUCUGGAUCUCAUGAUCAUACUAUCCUUUGUUGGUAAUAAAUUAAUCAAAAAGAGUGGAAGUGUUCAUAGAAAUACUAAUAACAUAAUGGAACAGUUCAUUGUUUAAUGUUAACUUAAGAUGAGGAUCAAUUAUUAUCAGGAGGUUGUGAUCAUUCAAUUAAAGUUUGGAAAAUAGAUUUUAUUAAGAAUGAGUUGAAUUUCUAGUACUCUUUAAAUAACCAUGGCAAUAGUGUAAAGUCAUUUAGUUUUAAUGAAUCUGAGACUUUAUUAAUAUCAUGUGGAUUAGAUCAUUUUAUUAUAUGGGAGAAAGGACAGUAAGGAAAAUGGGAAUUUAAAUAUACAUAACCAGUUGCAAAUUAAGGACGUAAAAUUCAUGUAAUUAAUGAUUAAAAAUUUCUUUGGGUAACAAAAAAUGAGUAUAUUGAUGAUAUUUUAGUGUUAGAAUAUUAGAAUGGAGUCUUUAAAUAUAAUAUUGAUGCAAGUAUCAAAUUAAUUAUGAAUAACAAAUGUGAAGAUGAUGCAUAUUUCCCUAUUAUUUACAAUAAAGAAAAAAAUAUAUUAUUAGUAAGACAUAAACAUCAUAUCUAUCUAAUUAGAUAAUUAAAUAAUGGUAGAUUUGAAAUUAUGACAUCACUAAAUUGUUUAAAUGAUGUUAUUUUUGGAACUAUGACCAAUAAUGGAUAGUAUUUAGUAUUUUGGGAUAUGAAGAAUUUAAAUUAUUAAUCAUAUGAGAUAGUAAUGAUAUGA